AUGACUUCGAGCGAGCUUCACCAAACUCUUAAUGUGCUAGACUACAUUCCGCCUUGUAAUUACGUCCGCUUACUCUUUCCCCUCCCGUUGAGGUCUGGAGUGGAGAAUGAACUCGUGUUCGACGAGCUGCACCUAGCCCUACAGAAGACAUUUAUACAAGAGCCAUGGGCCAGCGGCAAAGUGUUCCGCCAGUCAUCUGACGCUCCAGAUUGGCGGCCAGGGCAGCUCGAGAUACGCUACCGGACCUGCUCACUUGACGACCCAAGGCCGCACCAGCUGCAGUACCGUCAGCUCGACACGGACUGGACGUAUGACGAACUCCGGGAUUGUGGUUUCCCUAGCGAUAUAUUUCCGGAGGAGCUCCUCCUGGAAGCGCCCGCCGCGUUGGGUGAUGUGGCUGUGGCAGGUGCCGAUGUCUUUCUGGCCCAGGCAAACUUCCUCCCGGGCGGCUUACUGCUGGCCUUCACCACAUCUCACGCAUCUACUGACGCCACAGGUAUGUUGAGCCUGUUCAAGCUGUGGGCCAAUAACUUCAGCGAGCUACACGGUCGUGAUGAAGGAUGUUUAGCUGCGCCGUCGCGUUUCACGUCCGAGGACCGAGAUCGUCGCCUUCUGGACCGCAUCUGGGCGAAUGAUUUAGAGGGUCCCACACCAAGCAAUAAUUCUGACGACCCGUGGCUACGGACUCUGGUCAGCCUAGAUGCCAACUACCCAGGUGAGAGCGUUGCAGAUUCGACCCAGCAGGAGAUAGCAGGCGGUGCAGAUCCCCCGGGCCACCCUCUAGUCAUGCUCAAUCGCGUCAUGUUUCUCUCGGGCCAGGACCUCACCACACUCAAGAACGAAUGCCUUGCAGAACCAAGCCCACAGGGGUCCUCACCCAUUUCAUCCAGUGAUGCCAUUAAUGCCUUGGUGUGGCGUGGCGUGCUUAGGGCCCGUUCUGCGGCAGCGGCUGCCCGCUCGCGGCCGCUCGAGGAUGCCGUGUCCGUGUUCGAGUCACCUGUUGACGUGCGAGCUCGCAUCGGCUCUGGCUUCCCACAAGAUUAUCUCGGGAACUGCUUCUUGCUCAACAACGCACGCAUUCCUGUGGCCGAGCUCAUAGCACCCUCGACACCGCUGGGCCGCAUAGCCCAGGCCAUCCGGGAGGGCGCCACCCGCUUAGAUACUCAGAAGGUUCGUGAAGCGUACACCUUUCUGCGAGCAACGCCCGAUCUAUCGCGCGUGCAAGGUCGCUUCGUUGAGAGGCACGAGUCGGCUGACCUGCUAAUCUCUAACCUUGUGCACUUCCCCUUGAACGAGAUUAGCUUUGGCGACCGCUAUUUUGGCAACGGUGGCAUACCGCAGUCCUUCCGGGUGCUCCAUGCCAGAUACGCGCCUUACGUACGACUUGGCCACAUAUUGCCCCGGAACCAGACCCAUGGCGGCGUCGAGAUUAGUUUGAACCUGUUCGACGAUGAGAUGGUUUAUUGGGAAAACGAUGAAGAGAUUAACCGAUAUCUUGUGGCAAUUGAGGCUUAG